AUGGCGAGCUCACCCAUUCUCGUGCUCUUACCUCUCCUUCUUGUUCUGCCGUUCUUGGCAUCUCUAGGUUUUGCGGAUGCCAACGUUGCCUCAACCAGCCUCGUCUCGACCGGGACAAUAUGCAAUUCCACUCCAUACCCUUCCAUUUGCAGAUCCAACCUGCCAAGCAAUGAUACCGGCGACAUCUACUACUACGGCCGCGCUGCUAUGCACAAGUCCCUCUUGCAGGCCCGCAAGUUCCUGGCCCUGGUCGACAAGUACCUUACCCGGCAGGCCUCCCUAACGAUAUCCACUGUCCGCGCCCUUGAGGACUGCCAUCUCCUUGCCUCACUCAACGUCGAGUUCCUCCUCAACUCCUUCCAGGCCGUCAACGCAACGAGCUCGGCCCUCCCGAUGCUCAAGGCUGACGAUGUUCAAACCCUACUUAGUGCAAUUUUGACCAAUGGGAUGACGUGCCUCGAUGGCCUCCAGUCGACUGCCUCAGCAUGGAGCGUGAAAAACAGCCUCUCCGUCCCGCUUGCCAACGAUACCAAGCUGUAUAGCGUCUCACUUGCGCUCUACACAAGGGCCUGGGUCCCGACGAAGAAGAAGAAGGGCAAGGGCAGUGCCGGCGCAUGGCAGCCAAAGAGCCGGCAGCUGCCGUUCCAGAAUGGACACAUGUCAUUCAUGAUGUCGAGUCGAACGCGACAAAUUUAUGACUCGGUGACAAGGAGGACGCUCCUUCAGUCGAGCGAGGAUGAUCCGGUCAUGGUUAGCGACAUCGUGGUGGUAAGCCAAGAUGGGACCUGGAACUUCACAACUAUUAAUGACGCGGUCAUGGCAGCUCCAAAUAACACUGACGGCACAAACGGGUACUUCUUAAUAUAUGUGACCGCCGGCGUUUACGAGGAGUAUGUGUCCAUUGCCAAUAACAAGAGGUAUCUCAUGAUGAUCGGAGAUGGCAUCAACCAGACAGUGAUCACCGGCAACCGGAGCGUGGCCGAUGGUUGGACCACGUUUAGCUCCGCAACAUUUGCCGUGGUAGCACCAAAUUUUGUGGCAGUAAACAUAACCUUCCGGAACACAGCUGGAGCACAGAAGUUCCAGGCCGUAGCCGUCCGUAGUGCAGCUGACCUGUCGGUGUUCUUCAGUUGCAGCUUCGAGGCGUACCAAGACACUCUUUACACACACUCUUUGAGGCAGUUUUAUCGAGAGUGCGAUGUUUAUGGCACGGUCGACUUCAUCUUUGGCAAUGCAGCCGUCGUCUUCCAGAACUGCAACCUCUACCCUCGCCUCCCGAUAAGCGGCCAGUCCAACAUGAUCACCGCCCAGGGGCGGACGGACGUGAACCAAAACACCGGCACGUCCAUUCACAAUUGCACCAUCCGAGCAGCCGACGACCUGGCCUCAAGCAAUACCUCUGUGCAGACAUAUCUAGGUAGGCCUUGGAAGCAGUACUCGAGGACAGUGUACAUGCAAAGUUUCAUGGAUAGUUUGAUAAAUCCCGCCGGAUGGCAAAUCUGGGAUGGCGACUUCGCGCUAGCUACUCUAUAUUAUGCCGAGUAUAACAAUACCGGGCCCGGAUCGAACACCACGAACCGAGUCACGUGGCCUGGGUACCACGUGAUCAACGCCACGGAUGCAGCAAACUUCACGGUGUCGAGCUUCUUGCUCGGGGACAACUGGUUGCCUCAGACGGGCGUGCCUUAUACGAGCGAGUUGAUAUAA